AUGAAGCGUGUUCUGGCAUUAUUGCGCGUCGUUCUGUUUCUCCAGCUCCAGCUCGCGGCUGCGGCGCCUGACGCGCAAAUCACAGCGCGCGCAGCGCUCCACGCCAGGCAGGACCCACCCCAGCGUCAGCACCGACGGCCAAUCCUCUUCUGCGACUUCCCCGCAACCCUCACUCGCAGCGCUUCGUUCGCCCAGUGCUGCGCGCCCUCCAGCGCCUGUGACUUCUUCUCCACCUGCUCCGCCGGCACCCUCUUCGCCGAGUCCACGUCCGUCUUCUGCGACCAGGGAUACUGCAAUACGGGCGUCAUCGUCUCGACGACGGGCGCGAAGAGCGGCGAGUCGUUCCUGGGCUGUUGGCCCACGAGCCUGGGGACCGCCGCCUUCAGCGUGGUGCAUGAUAUAGGCAGUGCACCAAUUGCUACUCCUACAGGACAAGCAUCCUCUCAAGCUAGCUCGGGCAACGGCAGCAGCAGCGGCACCGCAGAAGCCUCCGAUGCAGGAAGCGCAACUGAGUCGCCCGCAUCAACGGGCACUUCCACCGCCGAGUCUGCCGCCAACUCCACGGGCGCAGCAGCGAUACCUGGCGCUCAGCCCUUGACCGGAAUUGUAGGCUUAGUCGCUGGUCUUCUCGCCUUGCUGUAA